CGGAAGUUGUAUUAGCGCUCGAAUAUCUUCACAGCAAUGGCAUAACUCAUAGGGACCUGAAACCUGAUAACAUGCUUAUUACAUCCGAAGGACAUAUAAAACUUACUGAUUUUGGUUUGUCCAGGAUUUCAAUUCCUGAGAAAAGUAGCUUGGCGUUCAUAAAAGAAGAGCGAGAAACGAAUAAUGAUGAUAAGAAAUCUUACCAAAGAGGUUUACUAUAUGAUACAGAACCAGUGCUAUCUUGUCGUUUAUGCGAAGUAGAAGUCGCAAUCCCGGCACUUGAAUUUGCGUUAAUUGACC